AUGGCCAGCCCGCUCCUGGUGCCUCGUCGAGGCGUGACACACGUAGGGAUUAUCAAGAUCGACCCUGCAAAUAUCGACAAAUUCCUACAGGCGUUCCGGGCUUGCUGGUUGGAGGUUUGCAAGGAGCCUGAAUGCAUAUACUUCGAAGUCUUUCACUCCAAGACUGAGCCUGGCAGAUUUCAGUUUGUCGAAGUAUGGAACAAGGACAACGACUGGUUCAUGGAGGUUCAGAUCAAGAAGGACUAUUAUAAACCGUACUGGGACAUCACGAGGCCUUUAUGGGUUGAUCGAGACCUCCACGAGUACGAUCGGCUAAGCGGAUUCAACUUUGUUGAUGACAGAUAUCUCGAAGGCAGUGUGAAAGCCAAGGGAGAGUUGCACGAGACAAGGUCGAGCAGCUACGAGCUCACUCCUCCCUAUUAG